AUCCAGGUCCAGAGUGUGUCAUGGGUCCCUGUACGGCCUCCCAUUGCUGCUGUCUCCAUCGCCACACUCUGCCAUGUGCCACUUUCAGGUCUCUCCUCACACUGCUGGUGGGUUCCAUUUUGUCAUAGGGUGCUGGCAGAUUACGGGCCUCCCAUUGCUGCUGCCAGGCCCGUAAUCUGCCAUGGGCCCCCGUACCGACUCCUCAUGCUGCUGCCAGGUCCAGAGUGUGUCAUGGGUCCCUGUACGGCCUCCCAUUGCUGCUGUCUCCAUCGCCACACUCUGCCAUGUGCCACUUUCAGGUCUCCUCACACUGCUGGUGGUUCCAUUUUGUCA